AUGGAUGCAAAUUCUCCUACUUCUUUGGUUUUUGUUUUUAUAAUGAAGUACUCCACUGUAGCGUUGCACUGGCAACCUGCCCAAGGAUGCAGCACUGCCCCUGAAGCAGCGCUUGAGCUGAAGCAAAUCAGUCACUGUCCCAGCCUUUCAAACCUUGCUCAGGUCACAAUGGUGCCAUUAGGGCACUUAGCCAAAGGGGCCACUUUGGAAGAUCUUCUUGAAACCUGCAUUCAGUCUUUUGAUUUAGAAGGAAAUGCAUAUCAGAACAACCACCUGCUAAAGAUAAUUCUGACUAUGCAUCAGUUUAUCAUCUCCUCUGCGGACAUGCUCCAGAAACUCAUUGAUCUCUAUCUUAAUGCUUUAGAAAAUAAAUCUUCCAUGCUGUGUGUAAAGAUAUGCUAUUUUGUGAGGUAUUGGAUUACAGAAUUCUGGGUUAUGUUCAAAAUGGAUUCCAAACUAACCAAAACUAUGGAGGAAUUUCAAGAACUGGUAAAAGCUAAUGGUGAGGAGUUACACUGUCAUCUAAUUGACACAACUCAAAUAAAUUCCAGGGAUUGGUCUAGAAAGCUGACACAGCGUGUAAAGGCCAACACCAGUAAGAAACGGAAAGUCUCUCUUCUUUUUGAUCACCUUGAGCCAGAGGAGCUCUCGGACCACCUUACUUAUCUUGAAUUUAAGUCUUUCAGAAGAAUAUCGUUCUCAGAUUAUCAGAACUACAUUGUGAAUAGUUGUGUGAAGGAGAAUCCAACAAUGGAAAGGUCAAUCGCUCUCUGCAAUGGUAUCUCCCAGUGGGUACAGCUAAUGGUUCUCAGCAGACCAACACCACAGCUCCGGGCUGAAGUAUUCAUCAAAUUCAUUCAUGUUGCACAGAAACUCCACCAAUUGCAGAAUUUCAAUACGUUAAUGGCAGUGAUAGGAGGUCUCUGUCACAGUUCCAUUUCCAGACUCAAGGAAACAAGCUCUUAUGUUCCUCAUGAUGUAAUUAAGGUAUUUAAUGAAAUGACAGAACUGCUUUCAUCUUACAGAAACUAUGACAGUUAUCGACGUGCCUAUAACGAGUGUACUAGCUUUAAGAUUCCAAUCCUUGGUGUCCACCUGAAAGACCUGAUAUCGCUUUAUGAGGCCAUGCCAGACUACUUAGAGGACAAAAAAAUUAACAUACACAAACUUUACUCUCUAUAUAACCACAUAAAUGAGCUGAUACAACUCCAGGAAAUGCCUCUUCCUCUAGAGGCUAAUAUGGACCUUGUUCAUUUGCUUACACUGUCCCUUGAUCUUUAUUAUACAGAAGACGAAAUCUAUAAGCUUUCAUAUGCGCGAGAGCCAAGAAGUCACAGAGCUGCACCUUUGACACCUUCUAAACCACCAGUAGUUGCAGACUGGGCCUCAGGGGUAUCCCCAAAACCUGAUCCAAAAACCAUCAGCAAGCAUGUUCAGAGAAUGGUGGAUUCUGUCUUCAAAAAUUAUGACCAUGAUCAAGAUGGAUACAUAUCCCAGGAAGAAUUUGAAAAGAUUGCAGCCAGCUUUCCAUUCUCAUUUUGUGUAAUGGCUAAAGACUGGGAAGGGCUGAUUAGCAGGGAUGAAAUAACAGCAUACUUUAUGAGGGCUAGCUCAAUCUACUCCAAAUUAGGACUUGGCUUUGCUCACAACUUCCAAGAGACCACUUACUUAAAGCCUACUUUCUGCGACAACUGUGCUGGAUUUCUAUGGGGAGUCAUUAAACAAGGAUAUAGAUGCAAAGACUGUGGAAUGAACUGUCACAAGCAAUGCAAAGACCUGGUUGUGAUAGAGUGCAAGAGAAGAUCCAAAACUUCAAUUGCAGAUAGCAGCCCCACAUCAGCUCUUGCUUCAAGCCUCUGCCCAGUAGGGGUCAAAGAGCAGUUUCAUGGACAAGAAGAAGGACCCUUCACAUUUCCUAACGGAGAAGUGGAACACAGUGAAGACAGCAAGGACCGAACCAUUAUGCUCAUGGGUUCCUCAGCUCAGAAAAUCUCAGUGAGACUGAAACCAGCUGUAGUUCAUAAGGGUACUCAGACUGAUUCUGUACUGCUGGCUAGUGAUGCAUCUUACAGGCAAGGAGAGAAGAAAGAGCAUAGAAUGCCAGAAAAUACUUAUCUCCAGCCUGCUCCGCAAUCUCCUUGUCCAAGCCCACUUAUAAGUCGCAGAAAGGCAUAUGUUAAAUGGGAAAACAAAGACUCCAGCUGGAAAAUGAAAGAGCAUCACAGCUGUAAACCCUCAUACCAAGAACUUGAGCAGGAACUAAAUAGUCUAAAGGCAGACAAUAACGCUUUAAAGAUCCAGCUUGAACAGGCACAUAAAACAAUUGAAUCUCUCAAAAUCCAGAGAAGAAAUCAUGUUGUGGACAACAUACGAGACUGUACCUAGCAGAUACAACGGGAAGUUUGCUAUGGAAGAAUGUAAGACUGAAGGAGGGGAUGUGAUAAAGCUGCUUUUAUUUCCCUAUUAAAAAAUAUGCUCCCCAAUGUAUAAAUGCAUUUGAUUGAUUACCUUAAAAAGUCAAAGGAGUGUCUUCUGAGCAGUGAAAGCGGUAUCUUCUGGAACUGCUUUUAAGAAGGAGUUACACUGUUCCUGAAGUUCAUAAUGAGGAUGACAUGGAUUUGCCAGUGACUUGACUGCAAGCAGCACAUCUUACUCUGCAAGUAUUCUGACAGAGCAGCUAUUCAUAAGGGCCUUGUCAACUCAAAUUUGGCCCAAUUUCAGGUUUGUAGAAACAAACUUUUGAUAAAGCUAAGCAUUUAAAUAAAACUGCAGAAAUAUUCCAUUAAGAGAGAUACAAUUACUUUUCCUUUUAGUUGAAAUCAAUUAGAAUCAUGAAGUAUACUACUGCCACAGUUUAAGAGGAAUACUAAAAUGAGCAGUUAACCUAAUGCUACUUGAUUAUUUGAUUCAUAGGGGUGUUUUUUUUUUUUUAGGAUAAACUGACAAUUUUUUUAAACUCUUUCAGAGCUUAGAAGUACUGCUGCUCAAAUGUUUACCUUUGUGAAAGUAAAAUACAUAAGAGUACAGAGAGUUUACAUUGAAUACUGCUUCUAUUUUUGUGUUCCUUGCUAUAGCUUGGGCCACUUACUUACCCUUACUUAUUGGGCUUAAGGGAUCGCUUGUUGACCAUGUACUUUAGAUGUGGAACAAGGCCACCUAUUUUGUCUUACGUAAAAAUGACAUCACUGUUAUAGCAUCUUCUGAGUAGAACCUUAAAGGCCAUGUUAUGAAGGAAAGUGUACAGUAAUCCCAAUGCAACAGUGACUGUAUCCUAGAACUUCUAACAUCUUCCAGUGCUGACCAGGUUUUCUCCAUUUCCUCUCUCUUUUAGAACUUGCAUGCACUUUAGGUAAAUAGUCAAGAUAAGUAUCCUUUUACAUGUGUAAAUUUUGUACAGUAAAUGGUGCUAGUGAGGUAACUUAGUUUUCUUAAAGCUACAAAACAUACAUACUGUUAGGAGAUGACAUAGCCAACUUGAAAAUUCCACUUGUAUUCCAAGAAAAUUCUUAAACUUACUUACAGUUGUAUAAAAUUUGCCUGCAUUUAUCAAAUAAGGAUUUGUCAUCACAGAUAUUUAAACAUCACAGACUUAUGACUUGGAGAAAUUUAUUCAUAAAGUAUACUAAUGCUCUUUCUUUAAAACUCUGAAGUUACUUUACAAGAACAAAGUCCACAAUAAAGUUGAUUUUUAGUUGACCUAUUAUAAUAGCAUGUGUACUUGGGUUUAAAGUGGUACAGAUGAAUAUUCCAUCCAUACCAAAUUUGGUGAUUUCAAAUUCUUGAUCUGAACUUCAGUCAUGCUUGCAUCUCCGUGAUUAAGUAAAACCAAAUGGAGAGAGACAGUAGUACUGUCUGCUUUUCUGUUACCUUACUGUAAAUAUGUAUGGUAUGUAAAGAAUUGAGAGGCACGCGAUAGAACAGCAGCUUUUGUUCCUCAUACACUAAACCUGAAUUUUUAACAGUUAAUGUAAAAUUGUACUUUGUGAUCAAUGAAGUAAUCAAAAUGGCUCUUGGGUCACGUUUGCAAACUUGCUUUGCCCAUACUCUGUAAGCACUUAUUUUUGUUCUCUAUGAAAGGAGCUAUAUACCAAGGAGUAUUUCUAGUAGGUAUUUAGCAAAUAAAGGUAUAUUUUUACAGCAAUUAAAAUGAACAAGAUAGAUGUUGAAUAUAUUUUCAUGUAUUUGGAAAAUACUUCAGCAGUGCUAUUGUGAAAAUCAAUCAAUCAUGAACAAACCCAUACUUGCAAAGAAAAUCCCCUAACGUCAGCAGCUGGCCUACAGGCUACUGUGUUAGGGUCGGAAACCCUACAAUACUGACAAAAUUGAUAAGAAGCAGAAGUAAGACUGGCCCUUUUAACUUAAUACUCAAAAUUCAGUUUUGACUACAGAUUUGUACAGUCUUAAAUGCUAACUUAGAAACAGCAAGAGGCCACAAGGGAAUCUGCAAUCAUCUGACUGAUUUGAAAGGGAUCUGUUUGCAGGAGCCUCUCACACAACAAGCCUGUGGGUGCUUCACGUAUGCUGAAAACUUCCUACUUCAAAGAAGUCUGUAAAAUUGAAAAUAGAAAAUGUCAGAGCUCUCUUCAGGUUCUUCAUUUGCCCAGAGCCCUGCCAAAUUUAGUGGUGAUACUCCCUCAUUACUUUCGGAAUUUCCCUUUUUGCUGCAUGAAAGGCCCAAGUUAAUAACAGAAACUGACUGCACAGGCAUAGCACUGAAACUGACACACACACACACACACACACACACACACACUCACAGAGUUCCUGAAAAAGUCACCUGCAUCUGUAAUCAUCGUGACGUGAUGUUUAUACUCAGAAAAAAGAUAAAGUACCAAGUGCUAUUUAAAAAUCACCUUAGCAUACAUUGCUGAUAUUUAGCACCCUUUAAAAUGUAUCUUGUCAUGGCUAGUAAAAAUGAAAAGCAUCUACCUUUUUUCCUUCCCUGACCCAGCUGUGCAUACAGGAAGAAAAACCCCAGUGUGCCCUCUUGCCCUCCCCCACAAACCAAAUUACUGUCUUUUUCUGAGUUUGCAUUCUGAUCCUUUGAAGAUAUAAGUUGACUGAGUGAUACCAGAAUUAACAAGGCAGGACUACUGUUAAUAGAUUAAAAAGCUACCUUUAAAAGUAGCUUACAUAUGUUUUUGGAACUAUCAGAAAGUUACCCUUGUCUCUGUUCUAGAAGCAAUCUGUUAUUUUGUUGCAAUUGAUCUAUGUUAAUGGCAACCUGUAGAAUUUUUGUUUUAAGGCUGUUAAAGAAGAUUGAA